UUGCAGCGCCGCGCCGACGCUCAUCUUCCUCGCAGCGCCGCUCAGGGUCGGUCUCUCAGCGCAGAUCUUCUGCUCCUUUCCCCACUCGCGCUCAGCGGCUCAGGCUCGGUCCCUCAGCGACGGAGGGGCAGUCCCAGGCUCCGCGGCGGCGUCGGCGGCUCCCCCUCCCGCCUCUCGCCAGUCGCCUCGCGCCCUCGCCUCCGUCCUCCGCGCACCGGCCGGCGACCCUGCGUACGCACCUCCCUCUCCCCUCCCACCUCUGCUGUACCGUGGGAGCCCGGCCAGCUGCCCAGGGUGGCCGGGCCUUGGCUCCGCCGGUGAUCUUGGGGGUUCCCAUGGGCGGAUGCUUCUCGCAGGAGGAGCACCGGCUCCAGAGCAGGCCAGCUGAAGCUGCUGGACCAGACGGACUGAGGAAGUCUAAAUCCGAUUCUAAAGUUAUAGCAAGUGUUCUUGCUCCUCCAAAAGAUGUGGUGGACCUGCAAGUAGAAGGAUAUGGAAAUGUGAAUAUUUUCACAUAUGAUGAAUUGAGAGCAGCCACAAAAAACUUUCGACCAGAUCAAAUUCUUGGAGAGGGUGGGUUUGGAGUUGUUUACAAAGGUGUAAUUGAUGAAAAUGUUAGAGCAGGUUUCCCAUCCAGACAGGUUGCUGUGAAAGAACUAAACCCAGAGGGCUUUCAAGGGGACAAGGAGUGGCUGGCAGAAGUCAAUUAUCUUGGGCAACUUAGUCAUCCAAAUCUUGUUGAACUGAUUGGCUAUUGCUGUGAGGGUUCACAUAGACUGCUUGUCUAUGAGUACAUGGCUUGUGGAAGCCUCGAAAAGCACCUUUUUCGCCGGGUUUGCCUUAAUAUGCCAUGGUCAACACGCAUGAAGAUUGCAUUGGGUGCUGCAAGGGGGCUCGAGUACCUUCACGGAGCUGAGAGAUCCAUCAUUUAUCGAGAUUUCAAGACAUCAAACAUCUUGCUAGAUGCGGAUUACAAUGCGAAGCUUUCAGACUUUGGUCUCGCAAGAACAGGUCCUAGUGGAGACCAGACCCAUGUGUCGACUCGGGUCAUGGGAACUUAUGGAUAUGCAGCUCCAGAAUAUGUCAUGACUGGCCAUCUGACGGCACGAAGUGAUGUUUAUGGCUUUGGAGUUGUGCUUCUAGAGAUGAUUAUUGGAAGAAGGGCUGUAGACAAGAGCCGACCGAGCCGUGAGCAUAACCUAGUUGAUUGGGCACGGCCCCUCCUCGUCCAUAACAGGAAGCUGUUCCGAAUAAUCGAUCCAAGAAUGGAAGGGCAAUACUCCACCAAGGCUGCCAUUGAGGUGGCAAGCCUUGCAUACCGCUGCCUGAGCCAGAAUCCCAAAGGACGACCAACCAUGAGCCAAGUUGUUGAGACCUUUGAGGCGGUGCAGAACAUGCCUGAAUGCCAAGACAUACUCCUCCAGAACAGUAUCACAGGUGCCGUGACGCUCUAUGAGGUCCCAAAGGAGCCUGCAGACAGAGUUGAAUUGGAGAAGGCCAAGCAGGAACCGGCAGUAAAGACCACCGCAAUGCCACCCCCCGUGAAUGGAAAGCCAGUCCCCCAGAGCAGGCGAACACGGCCUGGGAAUGGCCGGAGCAAGAGCGAGCCAUCGUUGGAGUGUAAGAUGUACAUCCCGUCACCAGACUCUGACGGACAGCAGCUCGGCCUGGAGGCACUCGCAUCCCCAAAUGGAAGCAUAAAGGACCCUCCUGAUGAGGAUUUGUACAAGAUAUAACACCAGAGCAGUUUUUUUUCGACAACGUGAGCCCUCGUUGCUUGCCUUUUGUGCCUUCACCCCCUGUUCUCAAAGAUCAGCCAGUUAUAAAUUUUUCUCUGAUGGCCACCGGCCACGCUAGGGUUCCUAUUCUUCCGAUUAGCAAUUGUAUGUAGAGGAGAGUUGUGAUGGAAAGCAUGUGUGAGUGCCUGCCAACCUGAUACACUUAUUUCCGUGUGUGUGUGUGUGUGUGGGGGGGGGGGGGGGGGGGGGGCGGAUUUCCACUCCAAAAAUGGAAGUGGAGAGAUGUGUCCUGACAAUUGGUGCCGUUACCCGUCUGUUGAGUUACUUGUAAAGAUGCUUGUUCUGAGUUGUAAUCUUGAACAGUCCUGCGGGGAAUCAACAACACCAUGGAAAUUGAUAGAUUAGUCA